CGGAGAGCACCACACUUCCCCGCUGACUGGCGAAUAGUGUCAGACCAGCCCCGGUCCAGCUCAGAGUCAAGAGGCUGCCAACAUGCCUAAGGUUGAAGUACCAGAAACAGACGAUCGCAUGCGUGCGUUCGCUGAGAAGGUGUUCGCCUCCGAGACCAAGGAUGAGGACACCCGCGAGGAGAUCUCUCUGUUCGGUGUGGCCGACGACUGUCCCAUUCUCAACCAGGAGCUGGCGCACCAUGUAGCUACGGAUGAUGAUCUGGAGAGACGUAAGAAGCACAUCAUCCAAGCUCAAGAGGCCUUUGCUACUCUACUGGAGGAAAAACCAACAUACCUGGAGGUGCCUCACUUCCAGAGGGUGGCCAUCACUGGGGACUACGCUGCUGGGGUCACCAUGGAUGACUUCGAUCUGGCCUGUAAGGGGCUGUUCCGUGCUCUGACCAUUAGAGAAAAGUACAUGAGGCUGGCCUUCCAGAAAUACCCCAACAUCACCUCUGAGUACCUGCGCAAGGUUGAGGGCGAGAAGUGGAAGCCCGAGGACCAGGUGCUGCCAGUCUUCACUUCCCCUCCUGCACAAGGAGAGGACCCCUUCAACACCAAAACACUGCCUCCUAAUCUUGGAUACGUGGCUCGUAUGCGGGAUGGUGUCAUCAGCGUGUAUAAAGAUGCAGCUGCUGCAGAUAAAAAUGAAGCCCUGCCUUAUCCUGGUCCCGACUACGCUACCUUCAUCGACGACAUGAACUUCCUCAUAGCCCUGAUCGCACAGGGCCCAACAAAGACGUACACUCACCGUCGUCUGAAGUUCCUCACGUCCAAAUUCAACGUCCAUGAGAUGUUGAAUGAGAUGGAGGAGAUGAAGGAGCUGAAGAACAACCCUCACAGGGACUUCUACAACUGCAGGAAGGUUGACACUCACAUUCACGCUGCUGCCUGCAUGAACCAGAAGCACCUCCUGCGCUUCAUUAAGAAGUCGUACCGCGUGGACGCAGACAGAGUGGUGUACAACGCCAAGGGGAAGGAGAUGACCAUGAAGGAGCUCUUCGAAUCCCUCAAGCUGCACCCUUAUGACCUGACUGUGGACUCUCUGGAUGUGCACGCUGGCAGACAAACCUUCCAGCGCUUUGAUAAGUUCAACGCCAAGUACAACCCUGUAGGUGCCAGUGAGCUGCGUGACCUUUAUCUGAAGACUGAGAACCAUAUUUCUGGAGAGUACUUUGCUACUAUUAUUAAGGAAGUGGCCAGUGACCUUGAGGAUGCCCGGUACCAGUACGCCGAGCCCCGGCUGUCCAUCUACGGCUGCAAUCCCAACGAGUGGACAAAACUCUCCAGCUGGUUCAACAAGCAUCGGGUGUUCUCACCUAACCUGAAGUGGAUGAUUCAGAUCCCCAGAAUCUAUGACAUUUUCAGAGGCAGGAACUUUGUGCCACACUUUGGAAAAAUGCUGGAGAACAUCUUCCUCCCUGUUUACCAGGCCACCAUUGACCCCCACUCCAACCCUGAGCUCAGCAUCUUCCUGAAGCACGUUACAGGCUUCGACAGUGUGGAUGAUGAAUCUAAACACAGUGGACAUAUGUUCUCCACCAAAAGCCCCAAGCCAGAACAGUGGGACAUAGCGAAGAACCCAUCCUACACUUACUACAUCUACUACAUGUAUGCCAACAUCGCCAGACUCAACCAGCUGCGCAAGGAGCGAGGAAUGAACACGUUCCAGUUCAGGCCUCACUGUGGAGAGGCUGGAGCUGUCACUCACCUGCUGGCCUGUUUCAUGACCGCUGAUAACAUCUCUCACGGCCUGAAUCUCAAGAAGAGCCCAGUCCUGCAGUAUCUGUACUUCCUGGCCCAGGUCCCUAUUGCCAUGUCUCCUCUCAGCAACAACAGUCUCUUCCUGGAGUACAACAAGAACCCCCUGCUGGAGUUCCACCAGAAGGGCCUGAUGGUGUCCCUGUCCACUGAUGACCCCAUGCAGUUCCACUACACCAAGGAGCCGCUGAUGGAAGAGUACGCCAUCGCAGCCCAGGUGUUCAAGCUCAGCACCUGCGACAUGUGUGAAAUCGCCAGGAACAGCGUUCUGCAGAGCGGUCUAUCACAUGAGGAGAAGGUACACUUCCUGGGAAAGCAUUACCUGAAAGAUGGCCCAGAGGGUAACGAUAUCCGGAAGACAAACGUGGCCCAGAUCCGUAUGGCCUAUCGCUAUGAGACUCUGUGUUAUGAGCUCAAUCUUAUCAAGGAGGGCGUAAAGGGAGACUAAGUGACUUAACUUAACAAACAUACAACUUAAUAACCUUUAUUUCAGACCUGUUUAAAAAGAAUUAUGAAUAUUUGCCCAUGCUUUUAAAUCCUUUACAUUUAUUGUGGUACUAUUCUGUACACAAUAUUUUCUAUAUUUUUUUGAGACUUGCAAUAAAUAACUAAAUAUUUAGUUAGUUAUAGACAAAUUUGAUGGUACACAAGCUGAAUAUCCUGUGUAUUUUCCUGUGUUGGAUUAUACAGCCCUAAAGCAAGCACACACAGAGGCUUCUUCUGCAUAGGCCCUGGUGUAUAAAUUGAUUUAAUUUAUUAUUGGUGAUAUUAUUACCCUGCAGGGCUCAUGUUUUACAUAUUUCAUAACAUCAUUAAUACUGUCAUAAUGUAGUAAGGCUUGCCAGUAACUUUUUAAUGGGACAUCUAAUGAAAAUAACCUCAAUAAAUCACAAUU